AUGAGAUCCGAUUUCCAAUUUGCCAGCUUGUUGGGCUCGGUGUAUCGUAAUGGGAACCUCGAGUAUACCAAGGAUGGGAAAACCCUUCUUAGCCCAGUAGGCAAUAGAGUCUCAGUGUUUGAUCUCGUCAAUAACUCUUGCUUCACAUUUGCUUACCAGCACAGAAAAUCGGUACAGCGUAUCGCUCUUAACCCUCAGAAUACCUUGUUGUUGUCGAUUGAUACCGAUGGAAGAGCGAUCUUGGUGAAUUUCAGAAGUAGGGUGGUGUUGCAUCAUUUCAAUUUUGCAGCCAAGGAUAUCCAGGACGUAAAGUUUUCUCCUGAUGGGAAAUUCUUUGCAGUAGCCACCACCAGAUUUCUUCAACUAUGGAGGAUUUCUGCCUCAGAUAUCGAAGAAGAAGAAAACCCAGAAGUGGUGAAUUACAAUGAUAGACAAUUUGCGCCAUUUACGAAAUUUAGAAAAUUGGCUGGUCAUUUCAACGAUAUUCUAUCGAUUUCAUGGUCCAGAGACUCCAGAUUUCUUUUAACCACUUCUAAAGACAUGACCACAAGAAUUUGGUCAUUACAUUCCAAAGAAUCCCAAGCGAAAAUGUCACUUGCUGGGCAUCGUGACUAUGUGGUUAAUGCAUUCUUCAACAACAAACAAGAUAUCAUUUAUACCCUUAGUAAAGAUGGAGCUUUGCUUCAAUGGGAAUACACCAAAAAGGCAGUACAAAAUGAUGAGGACUCGGACUCUGAAGAGGAAGAAGAAGAAGAUGAAGCCCAAGAGUUGACAAAACUUAGUUGGAGAAUAACCAAGAGAAAUUAUUUCUAUGCCCCUGAUCAUUCGUUUGUGAAGUCUUCUACUUUCCACCCAGGUUCCAACAUGCUUAUUGUUGGUUUCUCUAAUGGUGAGUUCCGUCUUUAUGAAUUACCAUCUUUCACAUUGAUCCAACAAUUAUCGAUUGGUCAAAACGCUAUCAAUACCGUCACCGUGAACUCUACCGGGGAAUGGCUUGCCUUUGGUGCCGCCAAAUUGGGCCAGUUAUUGGUGUAUGAAUGGCAAUCUGAGCUGUACAUUCUUAAACAACAAGGUCAUUUUGACUCAAUGAAUUGCGUAUGUUAUUCUGCUGACGGAUCAAGAGCCAUUACCGGUAGUGACGACGGGAAAAUCAAAGUUUGGGACUUGAAAUCGGGGUUCUGUUUAGCCACGUUCAGCGAGCACAGAGCCGCAGUUACCGGAGUGGAAUUAUCGUCAAAGAAUGCGGUGCUUUUUUCCAGUUCUUUGGAUGGGACAGUUAGAGCCUGGGAUUUGUUGAGAUACCGUAAUUUCCGUACAUUUGUGGCUCCUGAACUGAGAGUACAAUUCACCAGUGUCACCAUUGAUCCAUCUGGCGAAGUGGUGGUUGCUACCGCAUUGGGAUCGGACGAGGUCUUUGUUUGGUCAGUGCAAACUGGACAAUUGUUGGACAGUUUAACCGGUCAUGAAGCCCCAGUGAUCCAGGUUUCUUUUGGUAAAGAGCGCCCGGUGCUUGCUAGUGCAUCGUGGGAUAAAACUGUUAGAGUUUGGGAUAUCUUUGGGAGAAGUCAAACUUCUGAGCCAUUCCAAGUGUAUUCUGAUGUGGUUGCCCUUGCCAUGAGGCCUGAUUGUAAACAAUUGGCGGUAUCGACUUUAGAUGGGCAAAUUAGUAUUUGGGAUAUCGAAGCGGGAAAGCAAAUUGGGAAUAUCGACGCCAAAAAGGAUAUUUUGGUGGGUCGUUACCUUGGUGAUCUGUUCACUGCCCAAAACUCCAAAAGAGCCAGGUUUUUCAGCACAAUUGCUUAUAGUUUUGAUGGUAGUGCGUUGAUAUGUGCUGGUAAGAAUAACAGUAUUUGUUUGUACGAUGUUGAUAAUGAAGUGAUGUUGCGCCGUUUCAAAGUUAGUGAGAAUAUGGCGCUUGAUGGGACCCUUGUCAAAUUGAAUAGUUCAAGAUUUACCGAAGACGGGGUGAACUUGGAUCUUGUGGAUGAUGCUGGAGAGAACUCUGAUCUUGAAGAUAGAAUUGAUAAUACGUUGCCAGGGUCGCAGCGUGGAGGAGACCCAUCACUUCGUAAUGUUAGACCGGAAGUUCGUGUGACCAGUCUUAAAUUUUCCCCAGCGGCUACUGAAUUUGUUGCUGCUUCGACCGAAGGUUUGCUAUUAUACUCGAUUGACACUAGAACGAUUUUUGAUCCUCUUGAUCUUGACAUGGACAUUACUCCGGAAUCGAUCACCGAGGCGCUUGCCAAUGAAGAUUAUCUUGCUGCAUUAGUGAUGUCGCUUCGACUCAAUGAAGACUACUUGUUGGCGAAGAGUUUUGAAGCGGUCCCAUUGAACGAUAUUCCAUUAGUGGUGCGUGAUGUGCCGGUUGUUCAUUUACCGCGUCUUGUGCAGUUUGUUGGGGAAUGGGCCAGCAAUGGGGUUCAUUUGGAGUUUGCGUUAUUGUGGUUGAAACUGAUACUUGAAAAUCACGGGAAACACAUUAGAGAGAACAAGAUGAAGUACGGAAGUGGGUUACGGUUAGUGCAACGGUUUAUUGGGAGAGUGGCAAAAGAAGUGGUCAGGGUGGCGAAAGAUAACGAAUAUUUGUACGAUUUCUUGAGCAGUUCUAAGAGCACUGAGGUUGAUGAGGAUGUGAAUAUGGAUAAUGCUGAUAUUAAUAUCGAUGAUGUGCUUGUGAAGGUGAAUGAUGAUAAAGAUGAUGAUGUUGUUGAGGAUGCUGGGGAGAGUGAUGACGAUGAGGAGAACGAGUGGUUGGGGCCAAGUGACGUGGUGAAGACCAGUGGGGUGACCAGCUUUGGAGAUGCGAGUGACGAAGACGAGGAGUGA